GCGGAUCCACAGUGGGGUCGUCGGGGUCGCACGACCCCUUGGAAAGCAUGGAAACAACCUUGAAGCUCCCAUACGCGACCUCUUGGAACUGGGGUCGUCGGGGUCGGAGUCACACGCCAAGUGUUCGACAAAAAUCCUGAACGAAGCUCGGCACUGCAGGAAGAGGAAGAAGAAGAAGCAAGCUAUUACUAUGCCAUACGGAUAUGCUUGAGUUUGCAUCCAUUGAUGACUUCUGCAAUACCACAUUUGAUCCGUCUUUUGUUUCCCUAAGCCGGAUGUUGGAUGCUAUGGCGCUUCUCAUUCCUCACCUUAAAUGCAAUUGUGUGCAGGUGAUGAAGAGACCCGGUGUAAUUAGAAGACCGCUCGAGUUUGAGGAGGUGAAUCCUCAAGGAAAAGUAGAGGAUCACAAACAGAGUGGAAAGAAACAGAAACAGAAAAAGAGGAAUAAGAGUAACAAGAGUAAAAGCGGUAGUGACAGAAUUGUGACAAAGAUGAAAGAGUUAGAAGAGAAGACAGAUCGAGCGGAGAUGCUUAAUCUAUGCGUGCUGGUAGAAAUUCAAUUGCCAUAAUUUUUGUAUCUUUUAAUUCUUUUCUCUUCUCCUGUGUUGCAUGCAGUAGUUUGGUAGAAACUGUAUCAGCUAUGUAUUAAAGCCAUUUAACUUA